UAGAAAUGGACAGCAAGUUAAAAUCUAAAUAAUAAAUUUUAUAAAAUAAAUAAAUCUUAGCCAACAAGAUAUCUCAUAAAUCAAUUUAUUUAUAGUUUUUUUUGCAUAAUUAACACUCAUAAGUAGAAAUGCUUAAAAAUCUUUUAAGACUGAGCUAUUGCUAAUCUUAUAUGACUGCGGCACGUUCACAUUCUCAUCCUAAAAAAAUGUCUUAUUUGAACGGAACAUCCAAUACUCCUCUAUAGUAUCUUACAAUUGGAUAAAAGCUUAGAGAAACAUCCGAAAAAUUUCCUGAUAAUCAAGCAUUAAUAUCUCAUGAGCAAAAUAAAAUAUUUACUUAUCAAGAAUAUUUCAAAGAAAUUUAAAAGUUUGCAGCAGGUCUCCUAAACAUGGGCUUAAAGAAAGGGGAUAGAAUUGGUAUUUAUUCUCCCAACAACUAUGAAUGGUGUAUUACUUAGUUUGCAGCUUCAAUGGCUGAUUUAAUACUUGUUAAUAUAAACCCUGCAUACCAAGAGCAUGAGCUAGAAUACUGUUUGAAUAAGGUUGGAUGCAAAGCUCUUGUACUUGCCUCUCAUCACAAAAAAAGUAACUACAUCUAAUUCAUUAAUGACUUGGCUCCUGAAUUAAAAACAAGCAAGUUUGGAUCUCUUAAAUCCCAAAGGUUACCUUCACUUAAAUAUUUAAUUCGUAUAGAUGACGAAGUUACUCCUGGUAUGAUUAAUUACAAAGAUGUCUUAUAAAUGGGAGGGUUAAAAGAUUUUAAAACACUGGACCGUAUUAUGAAUAUUGCUAGUCCAGAUGAUGCUACAAACAUUUAGUUUACAUCAGGAACAACAGGUUUACCAAAAGGAGCAACUUUAACUCAUUUUAAUAUAUUAAAUAACUCCUUCUUCAUAGGUAACAGAUUAGGAUAUUCUGAGAAAGAUGUAAUAUGUGUUCCAGUCCCUCUAUAUCAUUGCUUUGGCAUGGUUUUGGGUAAUUUAUGUGCUAUAAAUUUUGGGUCUACAGUAGUGAUGCCUAGUGAAGGUUUUAGUGCAAAGAAGGCUAUGGAAUCUGUGACUAAAUAUAAAUGUACUUCGAUUUAUGGUGUACCUACAAUGUUUUUAGAAUAUGUUAAAGAAUAUGAGUCCAAUCCCUCCAUUUAUAAUUAUUCAACUUUGAAAAAAGGUGUAAUGUCUGGAGCUUUAUGCCCAUAAGCAUUAAUGAGUAAGUUAAUAUCUGAAUGGGAUGUCCCAAACAUUUAGAUAUGCUAUGGAUAAACAGAGGUUUCUCCUAUUAUAUUCCAGACUAAUUAAAAUGAUAGUCUGGAAGAUAAGUGCACUACUGUAGGAACAAUUUUCCCCCAUUCUGAGGUGAAAAUAAUAAAUAAAAAAGGUCAUAUUGUUCCAAUUGGAGAAUCUGGAGAAAUAUGUAUUAGAGGAUUUGGUGUGAUGGAAAAAUACUGGGCAGACAGAAAAGCUACGAGCAAAACAAUAGAUUAAGAUUAGUGGAUAAAAACAGGAGACAUGGGAAUAAUCGAUGAGAGAGGUUACAUGAAAAUAGUAGGUAGACUUAAAGAAAUGAUUAUUAGAGGAGGUGAAAACAUUUAUCCAAAAGAAAUAGAAGAAUAUUUGAGAUCUCAUAGAAGUAUUUAGGAUGUGUAGGUUUUAGGAGUACCUGAUGAAAAGUUUGGAGAAGAAACAUUCGCUUUAAUAAAGUUAAAAUAGGACUAAGUCUUAGAAGGCAAAGAUAUUUUUGAAUACUGCAAAGGUUAAAUAGCUCAUUAUAAAGUCCCUAAAUAUGUUAAAUUUGUAAAUGAAUUUCCAUUGACUGUAACAGGUAAACCUUAAAAAUUUAAAAUGCUAGAUGAAUUGAAGAAAGAAUUAUAAUAAAACCCAAAAGCAUUUGAUUAGUAUAAAAUAAGGAGCUAUUGAUUUAUCUAAGUUAUUUGAGCCAGUUUAAAUGUAUUUAUUUAUUAAUAUUAUCUGUAAAAAUUGAGAAAUCAUUUUAUGUUUGUAUUUAGUAUCAUAUAUUAAUAACUCUUUUCAAUUAC